AAUUAAGGUUAUGUUUUUGUAAACAUUGUAGAGAAAACGUAAAUAUUUGAUUUCUUCCCUUUAAUUAUGUAAAUAGUGAAUAUUUUUCUACUCAAAGUAAUGUACAGAAUUAAUUGGUAUAAGAUUUAUCAUGUCUGCUUUGAGUUUAAUUGGAGAAUAUUCUUCUGACACGGAAGAUGAGAAAUUUAGUCCGCAAAAAGUGAACUCUAAUAGGUUACCAGUACCUCAAAGUAUAUUAUCAUGGAAGGGAGUUAAACAUCACGAGGAAAUUGAAGAUGAUCCUUCUUUACAUGAGGGUAGAAUAAGAUCUUUCAAACACGAGCGUGGAAAUUGGGCAACUCUUGUUUAUAUUUUAUGUAAGCCAAGUAAGGCUCUUUAUUCCUGGAUGGAAAAUGUUGUUAUCGAAGACGGAAAACUAUUUGAAGAAUUUCAUAUAAGUUUAACACGUACCGUUGCACUGAAAUUUCACUGGAUUGAUUCUUUUGUCGAAGGACUCAAGGAUGUGUGCAAGAAUUUAAAUAAUUUUCCAGUUGAAUUAAAAGAUAUUAAAGUUUAUUGCAAUGACGAUAGAACUCGAACUUUUCUUGGAAUUACUUGCGAAAACAAUGAGGCCUUAAAUAAUGUAACAGAAACUUUAAAUAAAUUAUUAAACGAGUAUCAAUUACCCUGUUUUUAUGAGGAAGCAUCGUAUCACAUCAGUUUUUUGUGGAGUCUCGGUGAUCAAGAAGAGCGAUUAAAAAAACUUCUUCCCUCUUUGUCGGUAUUAUUAAAAACAUUUUUCUUUGAUAAUAUUGAGGAUAGUUUCAUAGAGGUCAAUGAGUUACACUGUAAAAUUGGAAAUAAAUUAUAUACAUUUAAACUUAGAUCGAAAUAAUCAAGUGUGUGAUAUAAAUUAAUAUCUGUACAGAAACUAAUUAAUAAAAAAAUAUAUAAAUUA